AUGUGCCACUGUGAUUCUGUGGAAUGUCAAGCAGCAGGAAAAGUGGAGUGCAAAGCGGAGUUCUACUGUUACGUUUCAUUCCGUCCAGCAGAACCCGGAGAGCGCAAACCCUCAGCCACGUCCAAGGCGGUGUAUGGUUUUGGAAGCCGGCUGUUCAUUGCCGAGCAUCGCGGCUGCGUCGCCAAGACUCAAAUUAACGUGUGUGACGAGCAUGGCGAGAGUAGAGGGGUCGGCAGCUCCAGUGGCGAAGAGGUCGACGGGAGUGCCCGGCAAGUGAUCCGGUGUUGCAGGAACAAUUGGUGCAACAUGGGCCAAGAGCUUGAGUUCACCAAGGCAGAGCUAGACGGCCGCCAAUUUUUCUUAAACCCCGGGCUUUCAGACCUUGAGCCGGGGUUGAGUUUUCCUAUGUUCAGCGCAAAAUCUUCAGUGUCUGCAUUCCGUCCACUUGUAUUCACGGAUGAGCAAGGCACAAUAGGCAUCUCACAAACGAAGAAAGAAAACCCGGUUUCAGCAUCCACCCAAGACCAUCCAGUGCCAAAGUGGAAAUCGCCCCUCUAUACAAGCGACCUUCAUUUCAACGGGUGGUUCGGCCACCGCCCAGCUCUACUCUCACCGUCCCACGCGGCACCAGGCUUUACGAGUGAAGCGACAGCCACGAAACCGAUAGUUCACAAUUCGGUCUCAAAGAAAGACAAGAGCCACUUGGCGUCGUCGGCCCAGCAACAAGAGGAGGCGAACAGGGGUGGACAGCAACAACAACAACAACCACCAAUUGCUCUCCAGCCUCUACACAUUGCCGUUGGUGUCUGUCUCAUUAUUCUUAUGCUCGUGGCCGUGCUCCUUCAUAUAGUGAUUGUUCUCUAUCGACGACACCGACGCCUUAAACGGGAACUUUUGAAACAAACACAGAUACCCGGAACUGAUCAAUCCCAUUGGCCACUUAAUACCGUGAACACGUCAACCCAGUCAGGUCAACGAAUCGACUUGCAACAUUUGAAGUACGCAACGGUUAAAGCAGAACAACGUCAGUCAGCAGUUGAGAAAAUUAAUAAAGGACUUCCGACUGAGGCAUCACCAGCAAACGUCUACGAAGAAGUACUGCCCCAUCAAGUGCAGCUCCAGCAAUGCCUGUCGUCCGAGCCCUAUGUCAUAUCCCAGACCCCUGUCCUAUAUCACAGUGUCCUGACAUCAACCGGUUCCUUCCAGAAUUCCCUGCCCAGCCCACCACUCCAGCUCAAUUCUGCUGCCCUCAAUCACCAAAAUGCACCGUCACAACUCGUCUAUUCUCCUCAUUCCCUUGAACACACAUUUCAUCCAGGUCCUACGAAAAACAUGUACUGCACAAGUUCAAGUGUUAGCAACGAAAGCGGAAACAACCCAUCAACCACUGAAAGUUCCCUCCCAACGCAGUCCUCUACUGUCGCCUGUUGGAAUACCAAUAAUAAUAGUAAUCACAGUGCACUCCAGCAGAAUGACUUUUCAAAUUAUCUCCGUACGAACCAGGAGCGUCCAAGUCUCUCGGGAAGUAGUGAGGCUGGUAUUUUGACUACCCCCGACUUUGAAUCUCGUCGAGCCAAUGUGGCUCUCCCCCCGGCUCUUCUUAAAGACGCCGUUGGACCUUCCCUUCCCCCCCAGACUACAACUGGCCUAGCAAUGUUUAGAUCUGCGGCUCCCCAAAAUGACGCGUGUUCCAUGGUCACGCCUUACGCACAGUUUCAACUAUCUCUUUCCUUUGACCAGUAUGACACUCCGGAGCAAAUUUUCGCUAAUGGUAAUGCAUCAGCCGCUGGCUCGACUAGUUUAGAUGGGCUUGGUGGUCAUAAUCAGACUAGUUCGAACCCCACAACAAACUCAUCAUUGCUCCACUCCUACUGCGAACACGGAGGACCCGGUGACUUUCGAAUCUGA